AUGGAGUCGAUUUCUGACACUAUCUGGGACGUCGUUAUAUGUGGCACGGGUCUCCAGCAGUCUCUACUGGCGCUGGCUCUUUCUCGUUCUGACAAGAAAAUCCUGCACAUUGAUCCGAAUGAAUACUAUGGUGGCGCCGAAGCAUCCUUGAGCCUGCAGGAGGCAGACGCGUGGGCCAGCCGGUAUGGUGGCCUCGAGCCAUCGACAUCUGCAGUGCCUGUCUUCUCGAAUGUCUCUGUGUCUCGGCUGGAGAGCCAUGAAGACGGAGCGGUGUUGGCGAGCAGCAAUCCCAAGCUCGCAGCAUCCCGCUCCUAUGCUCUAGCUCUAGCGCCACAGCUCCUGCAUAGCCGGUCGGCCUUGGUGAAUCGGCUCGUAUCCUCGCAGGCCUAUCGGCAACUGGAGUUCCUCGCCGUCUCUUCCUUUUUUGUCGUCGAAGAGACGGCCGGCUCUUCCUCUCCUGUCCCCUCGCUAGUCCGCAUACCUGCAACGCGCGAGGAUGUUUUUGCCACCACGGCCUUGGGCCCACGGGAAAAGCGCAAGCUGAUGAAGUUUCUCAAGUUUGUCAUCGCCCAUGGCAGCGACGAGGAUGCAGUUUCUUCUCUGCCAGGCGAAAGCAGCAGCAGCAAGAACACUGCAGAGUGGCAGUCGCAGGCGACAGCACCGUUUGGCGGCUUUCUGCAGAGCGAAUUUGAUCUUGAUGGCCGCAUCCGUGACUAUGUCCUGGCGUUGACACUCUCGCUCGACGGCGCCGACACUACGGUAGCGGACGGUAUCUUCCGCCUUCACCGGCACAUCACGUCUAUGGGUGCGUUCGGUCCAGGUUUCGCGGCUGUCUACCCCAAGUGGGGUGGCUGUAGUGAGAUAUCCCAGGUUUCUUGUCGUGCCGGAGCAGUAGGAGGUGCCGUCUACAUGCUUGGUGCUGGCAUUCGAAACUUGACACAGGUGGCAGCAGAGGCCGAAGACCCGGAGAAGCAGGACAAGCUUGUCGAUUUGGAGCUGACAAACGACAUUCACGUCAAGGCCAGACUUAUCAUCGGUGGCGAUGAGGAGUUGGGGACAACUCCUGCCCUGGUUUUGUCGCCGGGCUCGUCAGAGGGCCUGCGGCCUUCUGCAUCCAAAGCGGGCACGCAGCGACUCAGCCGGUUGGUGGCUGUCAUCGGCGCUUCGCUUCCGUUCCUGUUCACUCCGCCAGUCGAAGGCGCACCCGUGGCUGGCGGCGCCGUGGUGGCUAUUCCGGCUGGACGGCCAGUUCUUGCUGAAGGUUUGGCACCGGAACAUCCUGUAUUUGCCAUGGCGCACUCGAGUGACACGGGGGAAUGCCCCCUGGGACAAUGCGUGUUGUACCUGGCAACAGUCCACACGGACAAUGCCAAGGCCGUACUCAACAGCGCACUGGACACUUUGCUAGCGGCCUUUGCAAAAAGAAAUGACGAAGCUAGCCCAGCUGUGCCACCGCAGCAGCUGCCGUGUCUAUACAAGCUGUAUUACGAGCAGCUUAGUUGUGGUGGCGCGCCGAGUAGUCAGCCGGCGGCAGAUUCAGCCAGCAGCUCUCGCCAGCAGCAAGAAUCCGUAUUGUGCUUCACGCCACUGCCGGCCGACUUGACAGUCCCAGACGGAUCAUUGGAUGCUGUACGCGGAGCAUGGAUGCGUGUUAUGGGCCACAAAGGCGUUGGCGAAGAAGCGGGUGUCAAAAGUGACGGAUAUAUGGUGUUUACGGACCGAGAAGGAGGCGAUAUGGACGAUGAUGCGUAUGACUGA